CCAGGAUGACACAUCAGGUUGCUUUUCAAUUCAUUUUAUUGAUAAUAAAAUUAAACAAUAUUCACACUCGAGUACGUGAGUAACUCUAGCUACACAUUUAGAUAAAUCAAUUACUAAAAAUCAAAAUAAUUUGAAUUCGUAAAAUAAAUUACACACAGUGGUUCAUCCCUAUGUACUAUAAACGUAUGUAUAGCGGCUAGGCAACUAGGCUAGUAAAUAUAUACAACAACACUUUAUUCAAUUCAAUGGCAAUUUUUAUAGAACGCUAUAAAUUAUAUAACAUAAUUUACGUGGUAAAACAAAUUUACAUUAAUUGUACAAGACGGGAGGUGGCCGGUGCACGAACAACCUGCGCCUGCGUCGCCGUCGAUGUCAUUGUUCCAAUUCAUGCGCGCUCGGCGCGGGCUGGCAACAGCGCGCCGCGGAGCGGCAGCGGCGCCGCGCCCUCCGCACUGCACCACAACACCGGCACGCGACCUCACAACACACACAUCACAGUUUCUUGACGAUGUCAAACUUGGACUUGAGGUCCAUGGGCACUUUCUUAGGGUCAAACUUCUUCUUGGCGGCGAGGUGCGCGCGCAUCUCUGCCGCCGUCAUCUGCAGGUUGAGCCGCGGAGGCUCUGCGGGCUGCGCGCUGUCCGGCGCCGCCGCCUCGGGCGCGGGCGCGUCCAGGUCCGGCACCGGCUCGCCCGGCGCGGGCGCCGCCACCAGCAGCUCGGCGUCGUCGGGCCGCUCCUUGAUGCGCGCCACCACCUGCUUGUGGCUCUCCCCAGCGAUACUGUGCCCGUUCACCUCAAGGAUGCGGUCGCCGCGCUUCAGCCCCGCGUGCUCCGCCGGGGAGCCCUCGUCCACCUUGCCAAUGAACUGGCCGGGCUUGCCCUUCUCGGCGUGCAGGUUGAACCCAUAGCCGUCGAAGUCAGGCGUCUUCCGCACGUGGCAGAGCCGCGGCUCCGUGGCCGCCGACCCGUUCGCGGACAUGUUUCACAAUUCGAACGACGCGCGGCUCGCGUCGCGCCCUGUCAGAGACUGGCGCCCGCUCCGCGCGCUCCCCGCGCUGCCUCCGCGAAGGCUCUCGGCUCCCCGCGCCCCGCGCCCCGCGCCCCCGCGCCCCGCGCACUCCGAAGCCUCGGCUCAGGUGUGACGGCGGAGUGGGGGAGGCGGGCGACCGCAGCGCCGCACUCUCCAGUACACACCGAAUCGCCGCUGAGUCGCCAAGUACCGCCGCCGCGAGUGAUAAGCACGGACUCACGUUGUUUGUUAACUGUGCCUGAUCCCGAGUGCUGCAGACUGAGGUACCGCGGCGUGAUGAGCUCGCUGGCCGCCUGAGCAUGGGGUCGCGAGGCGGAGGCACGGCGCGGUCGCGCGGCGACACGCAGCGCGCCCUCGACGAGUUCGACGAGCUGGCGGGGCUGCGGGGCGCGGCCGCCGGCGCCGACAGCGCCAGCCAGGGCGAGCGCAGCGUCUACGUGCUGGAGCACCUGGCCACCUUCACGGUCACCCGGGAGACCGGCAUCGUGUACCCCGCCGAUGGCAUGCGGAGACUGCUGCAGCUAGAGAAAACCAACGGAAUAUGGAGCCAAAAAAUGCAAUUGUGUCUGGAGGGUUCCUGGGUGCUGGUCAUGGACUACGAAACAGGAUCGAUAAUGGAACGCUUCCCCGCGUCGUGGGUUCACUCCCCCACCGCGUUCACGUCGCCGGAGCCCGCCGAGCUGUACAACAACGUGCUCGCGUUCGUGGUGGGCGCGGCGGAGGGCGCGGGAGGGGCGGGCGGGGCGGGGGGAGCGCCGCGCCGCGAGCUGCACAUCUUCCAGUGCCACGACGUCAGCGCGCAGGCGCUCGUGGAGGAGCUGAACGCGCUCAAGGGUGUGACUGGAGGUGGCCCCGGCGACGGCGGACGAGACUUCAUCAUCGAGAGAGAGCGCGAGCGGGAGCGGGAGAAUGACGGCGAGCGGCCGCGGAGACAGCAAAUGUCGGCGCAGCUGGGGCGCGGCGAGCGCGGCGGCAGCGGCGGCGAGCGCGACGACGCCUCGUCCACGGGCUCGGAGCGGCUGUACGAGCAGGACAUCGCCAUCCUCAACCGCUGCUUCGACGACAUCGAGAAGUUCAUCGCGCGCCUGCAGCACGCGGCGGCCGCGCAGCGCGAGCUCGAGCGCAGGCGGCGCUCGCGCGGGGGGCGCCGCGGGACAGGCAGCGGAGGCGCCAACGCGGGCGAGGGCAUGCUGGCGCUGCGGACGCGGCCGCCGCCGGAGCGCGACUUCGUGGACGUGCUGCAGAAGUUCAAGCUGUCGUUCAACCUGCUGGCGCGGCUGCGCGCGCAUAUCCACGACCCGAACGCGCCCGAGCUGGUGCACUUCCUGUUCACGCCGCUGGCGCUGAUCGUGGACGCGGCGCAGGACACGGCGGACGGCCGCCUGCCGUCGCGCGUCGUGCAGCCCUUGCUGACGCGGGACGCGCUCAACCUGCUCGCCAACUGCGUCACCAGCAAGGAGACCGAGCUCUGGCACUCGCUGGGCGACGCCUGGCUCAUCCCCAGGGAACAAUGGAAGACGACCAUCCCGCCGUACCAGCCUGUGUUCAUGGACGGCUGGAGCCCCGACUACCAGGUGGACGACCAGCCGCUGCGGAGGAACAUGCGCGGCAUAGGGCGCGACGACUCGGGCAGCGCGGCCUCCUCGCCCGACCGGGAGCCGUACCGGGGGGACCGGGACGACGAUGACCUGGGCGAGGCGUGGGCGCGCGGCGUGAUGGCGCGCGGCGGCCGCGUCGUGCGCGUCACGUACCCGCGCACCGCCAACAACGACAAGGAGCUGACCGUCGUGCGCGGCGAGUACCUCGAGGUGCUGGACGACUCCCGCAAGUGGUGGAAGGCGCGCAACCGGCGCGGCGUCACGGCGCACGUGCCGCACACCAUCGUGGCGCCGGCGAGCUCGCCGCCUGCCUCGCCGCACCUCUACCCCAACCCCAUCUACACACACUACCAGGAGAACGCAGGCGGACGCGGCUCCGGCGGCAGCAGUCCCACGGGCCCCACGGAGCGUGCGAUGCCGCCUCCCCCCCCGCCGCCGCCGCCGCCACCCCCCGCCCCCACUCCGGGCGCGCCGGCGGCCGCACCACCACCCCCCCGCACCACGUCUGACACCAUCAAAUCGACCAAGUCUAUGAUGAGCCAGAACGACGGGCUGCAGGAGGAGCUGAAGCUGGUGCUGCCAGCCAUUCAGCAGCGGAAGAAUAAGCUUGACAUCAAGAAGACGCCAGACAUCUUCAUUGAUCAGAAAUCGAACCCCGACGAGGUGGCAGAAUGGCUGGAAGCGAAAGGUUUCAACGCGGCCACCCAGCGCGCGCUGCGCAUGCCCGGCCACCAGCUGUUCGGGCUGACGCGAGCGCAGCUGGAGAAGGCGCUGGGCGCCGACGAGGGCAAGCGCCUCUACAGCCAGAUCCUCGUGCAGCGCAAUAUCUCGGGGUACAAGACGACCUCCGCGUCGGAGCUGCAGAGUAUCCUGCGCAAGGUCCGCGAGAAGGUGGAGGUCUCGUGAGCAGAGGAGUGGGCGGGGCGUGGGGAGUGGGCGGGGCGAGCGCGGCGCGGGACCUGCGCGUGAUGCGCGGGCGCACGCUGCACGACGAGGACGACGACUCGUCGACGUGCUGACAUAAUACAUAGGUGUAUAGUCUACAUCGUAAGGACGAUUUUAUAAACAUUUUAUAAGAUGAGCGAGAACUUGUUUAGGCUAAAUCUUCAAUAUUUUGUAUUAAAUAUUUAUAAAUGAUCAUUAAAACGAAAUUAUGUUUUGUUUUUAAAA